GUUCAGUGAAGGAAAUACAACACAGAGCGCUGUGGCUUCUGGGGCAGUACAAGAAAACGUGAUGCUCAGCAACUAAGAAAAUGUGUUAUUUCUUCUGCUCAAAUAGGAUUAGUUUGGGACAUCUGUGUGCAAUGGGAUGCUGUUGCCACAGAAUGCUGCCGUGAAUUGUAAAAAGUGUUCAUUUAAAUUACUGGGCACUACGUAAGAGCCUCUUAUUGUUUUGUUCUUUCUCUAAACAAGUAGGAAGGAGUCGUCUCCACCUCUUUACAGCAAACUGAGCUUGUUUCUGCGAAGAAAACUUUAAACCAGCGAGAAAGAAGCGGUGUCCUGCAAAUACAUGUGUCCUGCCGCGAAGUAGCAGCUGCUGAGUUGUCUACUGAAGUUUGUUGGCAGUUUUUUUUUUUUUUUUAUCGACAGUUCAUUAUCAGCCACGUUAAGGCCGUGCGUAUGGACAAAGGUCUGUGUAAUAUGCAGAGAUAACUGUAGGUAUAGCCUCGUACAGUGAGAACACACAGGAUGCACUUGAAGACGCGGCUAACACGGCUAACCAUGCUAGUUUUACGUGACUCAGUCAGUGUAAAUGAAUGUAACGCAGCGGGUGUUGUCUGCUCCCUGAAUCGGUGCUGAUGAUUCGCGUCUGACUGGAGAGAAAGGACUUCACACCGUCCUCUGCCGCAUUUGGACCAUAACUUUGACCCGGGGCUUGGAUAUUAUGAUUUUAUGACAAAAAAUGGGGUCUCUGAAGGCGCUUCAAGAGUGGUGUCGGAUACAGUGUGAAGAUUACCCCGAUGUUGUCAUUAAGGACAUGUCCACGUCCUUUCGGGACGGCUUGGCUUUCUGUGCUCUCAUACACCGACACAGGCCAGAUCUGAUAGACCUUUCUUCUUUAUCCAAAGAAAACGUCUAUGAGAACAACCGACUGGCCUUUGAAGUGGCUGAGACACAAUUGGGAAUUCCAGCACUGUUGGACCCAGAGGACCUGGUGUCUAUGAAAGUACCAGACCGACUCAGCAUCAUCACCUAUGUCUCUCAGUAUUACAACUUUUUCAACAACAAAUCCCAUGCAAAUCCUCCCUGUAUGAAGAGGCCGAGUCCUGUUGGUCCUAUUAGUGAACUCGCCCAGAUGAAACCUGCAUUGCCGUUAGAUGAGAAUGAGCAGACAGGAGCAGAGGCCAAGCGCAGCAGCCUGAGCAGCACCUGCUCUGUCUGUAACAAACAUGUUCACCUGGUGCAGAGGUUUCUCGUGGACGGAAAGCUCUUCCAUCGCAACUGCUUCAGGUGCACUGAAUGCCACAGCACGUUACUUCCUGGAUCCUACAAACUGGUGAGCAACUCUGGGUCCUUGGUCUGCACGCAUCACUUUGCACGCCAUGGUUUGUCCAAUCAAAAUGGCCGACCAGAUCUCAGCAAGAAACCAGAACUGAGCGUAAAACCUGUUAUAGUCGAGUCUGUCAGGAUUGGUCGCAGUCCUGUUCCCUACUCUUCUUCUGUAUCACGUAAAACGGAUGAAGAUUUAAAUAGUGAAGAAAAGACAACCCGAGACACUCCAACCGUCACUCCUGUUAUAGCUGUUGAAGAGAACUCUAUAGAAAAGGGAGGUGUAACAGACAAUGAGGCAAACGCUCGACCUUCGACCCCUCCUAAUCCAUUUGAUGACAGUGAUGAAGAGGAGGAAGAGGAUGAUGCUGUGAAAGAGGAGCAGAUAGAAACACCAGCACAACACACAGUCAAUGGAGAUCUGCCCUCUGCUCCUGUCAGUCAGUCUGAAUCUGUGAGUCGACCCGUGCCCGCUCCGAGGAGGGUGUCUGAUCCCACCCCGCCUCCUCGACCUGCCCCCCGAGUCCGGCUUCCUCCCUCUGCAAGUCCUGCUACACCGAGUGAACCACAGAAGCAUCUUAUUCCACCAAAACCUCGAGAAAGAUCACAGUCUCCAGGAAGUCUGUCUGGUGGUUCCCAAAAAUCCAAAGACCCGCCAUGGCUUGCCCUGGUUCAAUCACAAGAGUCCAAGAAGAAGAAAGCCCCUCCCCCUCCUGUCCCUGGCCUGGCCACCCCCCCAAACUCGGGCUCUGUGUCCUCUCUCAAAGGGGACGACUCCAGAUCCAGCACUCCACCUGUCCCUGCCAACCCGUUCGAGGAUGAUGAAGAUGACGUGAUUGAGGAAGAGGAGGAGGUUGGUGAUGAGAGCAUUCCCUCCACAGUAGCAGCAACUCAUCCCUGGUACAGUAUCAGGCGGGCAGCAGACUCACCUGCAGUGGACGCUUCCCCCAGCAGAGGGAGUGCAUCUCGAUCUGAGAGCCCCGCAGCAGGAAAGACCAAGAAACGACCGGCCCCCAGAGUCCCACCACCACCAUCAACCUCCAACCAAGCCCUUUCCCCCUCUCAGCCCUCCUCCUGCUCUGCCUCUCCAGCCCUGAGCACAGAGAGUCUUUCGUCCAGCUCAGAACAGCGCUCAGCUGGGGGUGCCAGCAGUGACCAGGAGCAGACCAUCACCAAAAGCACCUCAGAGCCCUCCAUCGCCUCUCCAGACAACUCCACAGUAUGCUCUUUAAACAACCAUCAGGCUUCUCUCAGUCCCAGUCCUCCCCAUGUACCUUCAUACACCAGCUCAGCACCAGCCACUCCUCAAGCAGGCCGCAGUUCAAAUGGGUCUGGAGCACCAAGCCCUCUGGCCUCAAACCACAAGCGCAUCUGCAAGGAGAACCCCUUUAACAGAAAGGCAUCGCCAUCAGCAGCAAAAUCCAAAGGGAAACCACCAAAAGGCCCACGACCUGCUAGACCUCCAGCACCCGGCCACGGCUUUCCACUCAUCAAACGCAAAGUGCAGUCAGACCAGUACAUCCCAACUGAAGACAUCUAUGGAGAGAUGAGUCAACUGGAAAAACAACUGGACGAGCUUGAACAGAGGGGUGUGGAGCUGGAGAAGAAGCUACGAGACAACCCCAAUGAUGAAGAUGAGGAGCACUUGUUGGUGGAUUGGUUCACCUUGAUCCACGAGAAGCACCUUUUGGUUCGAAGGGAAGCAGAACUUGUUUACACGGCUAAGCAGCAAAAUCUGGAGGAGAGGCAAGCUGAUGUAGAAUAUGAGCUGAGGUGUCUGCUCAAUAAACCAGAGAAAGACUGGACGGAGGAGGACAAGGCCCGGGAGCAAGAGCUAAUGGCUGAGCUCGUCACGAUCAUCGAACAACGAAACCAAAUCGUCAACACCAUGGACCAGGACAGACAGAGGGAAGAAGAGGAGGAUAAACUUAUGGAAGCCAUGUUGAAGAAAAAAGACUUUUCAAAGGAACCAGAAUGUGACCAGCAAAAGAAAAAAGGUGCAAAGUUCAAACACAUAAAAGUGCUCAAAAGACUGAGCCACAAAGGAGAGCCAGGCAAGAGCCCCAGCCUACGCAAAGAGAAGAGCUGAAACAGACCAAAAACGGGUGAAAAUCUUUGAGGAAAAUGGUAACAGAAACUCUGUUAAUCCUUUGACAACUCAUAAUUUUAAAAAGACAACUUGAUUUUAUGCAGUGCUCCAAAAACAUUUCCAGCAGGGUUUGUGUUGCUUUAAAAACAUCUUAUCAAUUCUCAUAAGAAGUUGUCAUAAGUCUUCCCACCUUUUGCACUGAUAUACUGUACUGGUGUCUGCUUUACUUAACAUAAAUGGUUGACCAUGUUUAUUUGAUUUUUAUUACUAUUUCAUUACUUUGGCCUAUUCAUGGGUUUCCUGAUUUAAAGGAUUUGGCAGGUAACGCUCCUCUGUUGCUGUAGCGAUAACACAAUUCAUAUAUUCUAUCUUUUGAAUGGGGGAAAGAUCCUCACAAAAUCCUUAAAAUCAGAAAGGAAUCAUUUGCCUGAAACCCAUGAUUAAUUUAAUACUAUUGGAGUUGUUCUCCUAUGUUGUACAUCCGAAACUCAGCUCAUGGAUUUCUAUAAACUGUUGGUUAGUUUUGUACUGUGGUACUUUUCAGGAAUUAUCUGCUUUAACAUGCCUCUAGACAAAUAUUAAAUAAGACUCAUCAAGCUGCUAUUAUAGCUGCCAUUGUUAGGCCUUACAGUUUUAAUCUUUUAUAUGCAUCACAUUACACCAAUACUGUAUAUUUAUUCAUGUACCAUAACAUUUUGGUCCAUUAGUGUAGGAAAAAAUAUCAAAUAUCCUUCACAAAGUUCACCUACAUAUCCCAACAGGCAUCUCAAAGAAAGCACCUCUUUGAAAUAAAUAUGCAAUCAUUAAUUCAUAUUUUUGACAAUGCCUUUCAUGUUAUUUUGCCUUAAGAGUUGCUUGUAAAUUAAAGUGUUGUAUGACUGGUCUUUAUUUAAAUGCUUUUAUGGCUUUUGCAUUAUUGUCCAUAAAUAUCCAUAAACAUACGUAUUCUCUA